GAGGAGGAUUCAAGACUAUAUUGGCAGACAGCAAUCACAGGGAGAGUGGCAAGAGGAAAGGUGGGGGACUUGCUAUUCAAAUCUGUUCAACAGAUUUGGGGGAUGAGGGGAAUUCCUUUAACCCUCCUGUCUCCAAGAAUACCAUACAGCUCUUCCCAACAAUUCUACACACAGCACACCAGCCUCCUCAGCAGAGCAGGUGAGAAGUGAUCUGAGUGGACUCCUCCUGAGUAAAGCUGCAGGUCCCAGCAGCAUCAGCCAAGUGGAGCACAACACAUCUUUAACCUGAGCCUGAGUCCAGAGAGGGUCCCUGUACUGUGGAAGACAUUCUCCCUGGUUGCUGUACCUUUUCUCUCAUCUAAUAAGGGGGCAUUCACACCUACCUCGUUUGGUCCGGACUUUCGGACUUUCCAGAUAGUUCGGAUCAAAUUGACAGGUGUGAAAGCUCCCCCGGACCACGGUCCGGACUAAAGACCGAGUCUUUGGUCCAGCCUCAGGAGGUGGUCUCGGUCCGGACCAUCCUGGACCAAGGUCCGCUACUGCGUAGUGUGAAAGCAUGUUUUUGGAAGGUCCGAACUAUCAGACCAAAUACAGGACGUUACGUCACUUUCACCCCACGUGUAAGCUAAACAAAACAAACACAGUAUGAGCCGCGGCAACACCUGGGGAGAGGAGGAGACAAGAUUCAUCCUUCAAAUAUGGGCGGAUGAUAGAAUAAAAGCUGAACUUGAGAGAACACACCGGAACACGGAAACCUUCCAGCUGUUCGCGGAGAGGAUGAGAGAGGGGGGGUAUGAGAGGACGGCCGAACAGUGUCACCUCAAACUGAAAAAGCUGCGACAGGCUUAUAACAAGGCGCGCGAUGCCAUUCGGAAGACCAGUGCGUCAUCCAACGAAAAGGAUAAAGGUCCUUUUUAUGAUCAGCUGGACGGCAUCCUUGGAACGCGCCCGACAAGCUCACCUGUCAGGGUGAUGGAGUCUACACUCGCUGCGGGUGUGACCCCCAGCGCCGACACGUCAUCUGGCAGCGGUCCCAGUGCUUCAGAAAGUGGAGUAACUGCUGCUUCCAGCUCUGCUGAGGAUGGGCCAAGCACAGCAGCACCUCGCCGUGCUCGCAAGAGGAGGGCCAAGGAGAUGCACUCGGAGAUGAUGGAGGAGUUUAACCGGGCAGAGGAUGCUCGUCAGGAGAGGGAGAAUGCCACUCUGGAGAGGUGGAUGGGAAUGCAGCAGGAGGCUGAAGAGAGGCGCUUCAGGAUGCUGCAGGAGCAACAGGCGGCCACGAAUGGCAUGUUCAUGAACAUCAUGCAGACAUUCAUGCAAAGCAUGAGCCAACAACCUCCACAACCUGCAGCAUCCUGGGGCCCCUUGUAUCCUCCCCAGCAACCCUUAUAUCACCCACCUCCUCCUCCUCCUCGUGUUUCUGGGUGGUCUGCACAGCAGUCCCACCCUCCACACCCACCUACCCGGGCCCACACUCCAAACUUUUUGGAGCAGAGCAGAGACCUGCUAUAUGGAGAUGGAGAGAGUGAGGAUAGGUACACUACACUAUAGUAUGGUGAUCACAUUUUGUCAAGUCAGGAGCA